AUGCAGCGAGAAGUGGCGCUGGGAGGACAGCAUGGUUUAGGUGUGAAUGAAAGCAAGCAGCACCAUGCGAGUUUCUUGCUCUUUGUGGAUUGCACCUUGAGACACAGUGCUCCUAGCAGAUGUUUAGGUAUUGACAUAAAUUUGUUCCUCUGUGUGCUCUCCUCUGUGCAGCAUUCCUGCUCUCACCUCCUGCUGUCAGUGGACAGUGGUGGCUCUGGCCAGUCCAGAGCUGGGCAUGUGCUGAUCUGUCAGCAGGAGUUUGGGGAGAAGGAAUCAGGCAAAGGGAAGAUGGCUCUAGCUACAUACCCAUCAGCUGAGCAAGAGGSUSCUGGAAGAGCUGAUUUMCUCCUAGAACAGGGGACUGACAGRGGUUCCAGCUGCCAGGGUAGCCCAYUGCAGCUGAUUUCUUUCUGUUCUUUUGUAGGUGAUGGGUGUGGACACACUGUGCUGGGCCCUGAGAGCGGGACCUUGGCCUCCAUCAACUACCCCCGGACCUCUCCCAACAGCACCGUUUGUGAAUGGGAAAUUCGAGUGAAGCCUGGCCAGCGAGUGCAGCUCAAGUUCGGUGAUUUUGAUAUCGAUGACUCACAUUCCUGUCAUUCCAGUUACCUAAGAGUUCAUAAUGGCAUUGGCCCCAACAGGACAGAGAUAGGAAAAUACUGUGGGUUUGACUUUCAAAUAGAUGGUUUAAUUACUUCAAAAAGUAAUGAAGUCACAGUACAGUUCAUGAGUGGAAUUCACACUUCUGGCCGUGGCUUUCUUGCGGCUUAUUCAACCACUGACAAGUCAGACUUAAUUACCUGUUUAGACAAUGCAAGUCACUUUUCCGAACCAGAAUUCAAUAAGUAUUGCCCWGCUGGAUGUGUGAUUCCUUUUGCUCAUAUUUCAGGCACUAUUCCUCAUGGAUACAGAGAUUCAUCAUCACUUUGUAUGGCUGGUGUUCACGCAGGCGUUGUGUCAAAUACUCUGGGUGGUCAAAUUAACGUUGUCAUCAGCAAGGGCAUUCCUUACUAUGARGGCUCCUUGGCUAACAAUGUCACCUCAAAAGUGGGACCCUUAUCUACAAGUCUCUUCACCUUUAAGACGAGUGGUUGCUAUGGCACACUGGGGAUGGAAUCUGGGGUGAUUCCUGAUUCCCAUAUCACAUCAUCAUCUGUUUUUGAGUGGCCUAACCAAACAGGACAAGUAAACAUUUGGAAACCUGAAAAUGCCCGACUAAAAAGGGUUGGACCUCCUUGGGCUGCUCUUAUCAGUGAUGAACAUCAGUGGUUGCAGAUUGAYUUGAAUAAAGAAAAGAAAAUAACAGGUAUUAUAACUACUGGAUCAACUUUAGCAGAGCACUACUACUAUGUGUCAGCCUACAGAAUUUUAUACAGUGAUGAUGCACAGAAAUGGACAGUGUACAGAGAACCUGGCAUGGAUAAAGAUAAGAUAUUUCAAGGGAAUACUGAAUUGUACCAGGAAGUUCGCAAUAAUUUCAUUCCACCUAUUAUUGCACGCUUUUUUAGGAUUAACCCCUUAAAAUGGCAUCAGAAAAUUGCAAUGAAAGUAGAGUUGCUAGGAUGUCAGUUUAGUAUAGGUCGUGCUCCUAAAAUCACAYUGCCACCACCACCUCAGAACAAGAAUGACAAGAAGAAUGCUGACUUCAUGGAUGACUUCAUUCAUUCAGUGAAGACYUCGCUGCAGACAGAUAAAACAACUUUCACACCUGAAAUAAAAAACACUACAGUGACUCCAAGYGUAACCAAAGAUGUGGCAUUGGCAGCAGUUCUGGUUCCAGUGCUGGUGAUGGUCUUCACUACUCUGAUUCUUAUCUUAGUUUGUGCGUGGCAUUGGAGAAACCGCAAGAAAAAAACUGAGGGCACAUAUGAUCUACCUUACUGGGAUCGUGCAGGAUGGUGGAAAGGAAUGAAGCAGUUCCUCCCGACMAAAUCAGCAGAACAUGAGGAAACUCCUGUACGCUACAGCAGCAGUGAACUCAGUCACCUAAGGCCAAGAGAAGUCCCAACAAUGUUGCAGUCAGAGUCUGCAGAAUAUGCUCAGCCUCUGGUAGGAGGAAUUGUGGGCACGCUUCACCAGAGGUCAACCUUCAAACCAGAGGAAGGGAAAGAAGCCAGUUACGCUGACUUGGACCCUUACAACUCRCCCAUCCAAGAAGUUUACCACGCCUACGCCGAGCCAUUGCCCGUAACUGGACCYGAGUACGCCACUCCCAUAAUCAUGGACAUGUCCAGCCAUCCCAGCACACCUCUGGGUGCUCCUUCCAUCUCCACCUUCAAAGCUGCAGGGAAUCAAGCUCCUCCCCUGGUUGGAACGUGUAAUAAACUGUUAUCCAGGACAGACAGUGCAUCCUCAGCACAGGCACUGUACGAUAUACCAAAGGGGCAGYYRGGGCYRGGCAGUGCUGACCAGCUCGUGUACCAGGUGCCUCAGAGCGUGGCCCAUCCCACUGGGAGUAAGGAUGAACAAAGUUAGCUCAUGAGUAAGGYAGAGUGAUGGCUUGUUUCUAAAAGCCAGUUCCAUGAAGCUCACAGUUUCACUGUUUAAAUUCCAUUGUUUUGAUAUUGUUAGUCGUAAUACAAUGUUGAACCAAAGGAUGUGGUGUUGGAGGUCUGGGAAAACAGCAAUUCUGCCUUUCCUUAAACUGUGUGUACGAUUAACAGCUUGUCUCCUGCAAACCCGUGGACUUUUUAAUACUACUGUACAAUUGUCUGUCAGACAUGAGAGAAGAACUCUUCAUGAUUAGCUCCAGUAAUUCAUAGAUGUGAAUGAUAAAUUGGGAGAAACAGUUUAAGUACAAAAACCAGUUGUUUCUUCCUAAUGGUACUAUUUCUUGGGGGRAAA